AUGUUGUGGGUGGGAGUGGAGUACGGGGUAAGAACGCGAUUGGAGUAUGAUAGAGAUAAUGUUGUGGUGGGAGUUGAGUCGAUGAAUUGGAAAAACAGAGUGAAUACUAUUUCACUAUGCACUGGUACUUGUGAGUUUAUUUUGAAAACGGUGGGAGGGUGUGAGCUCAUCAAACUACUUCCUGAUCAUAUAUCAAGCUAUGGCAAACUAGCGGGACCUCCGGAGUUUAGGGCAGAAAGAGGUUCUAUUGGUGCCCAGCAAACCACCACAAAGAGAUCUCCAAAAUAUGCACUUUAA